GUAAACAGACAGAAAUGAUUGAAUUAAUUUUUUUGAACUUGAAAUGAUUGAAUUAUUGAAUCUGAAGAUGUGAACUAAGUGAUAAAGCUUCUAAAUAGUUAAAGGAAGCCCCCAGGAAUCUUGGAUAGUCAAACAAAAGCCAAUCUUCACACAAACAAACACCUCCGUGAUGACGCUUCCUCAUUCACCUAAUCUUAACUCAUGGCUCUCUUUCAAUUCCGCCAUCACACAAAAUGCACCAACGUGCGGUGCUCCGAAAAAUUCGAAGAGAAUCGUUAGAGAUUUGUCGGAAAAUGGCGGCGGCAGCCGCAAAUGCUGCUCGUGUUGUCCCAGAAGGCAUUUUCUUGGAGCAGCUGUAGGUGCAGGCUUACUGCCAACACUGCCGUCAUUUGCCUCUCACAAAGAUUCUCAAGAUUCUACGACAAUGUUGAAUAGAAUUCAUCCUCCAAGACCAGAUUGGUACGAGGAGUUGUAUGCAUCAGCUAUGGACAAAACAAUGAGAUCUUAUGAAGCAGAGAUUGCAGGUUACAAGUCAGAGCUAUUUGCUAAUUUGAGAGGAAAGGCAGAAAGGAUAGUGGAGAUUGGCGUCGGCACCGGCCCAAAUCUCAAAUAUUAUGCAGACUAUCCAGAUAUCCUUGUUUUUGGAGUUGAUCCAAACAGGAAGAUGCAGAAAUAUGCAGAGGCAGCAGCAGAGACUGCAGGCUUCCCACCCUCGAAUUUUAGGUUCAUGCAAGCAGUCGCUGAGGCUUUGCCAUUAAAAGAUGCUUCUGUCGAUGCUGUUGUUGGAACGCUUGUCCUGUGUUCUGUCAAAGAUGUUGAUCAGGCACUGCAAGAGGUGAGGAGGGUGCUCAAGCCAGGGGGGUUGUACAUAUUUGUGGAGCAUGUAGCAGCAAAAGAUGGCACACUUCUUAGAUUUGUACAAGGAAUUCUUGAUCCACUGCAGCAAACUGUUGCUGACGGGUGCCAUCUAACCCGUCACACAGCAACCAACAUUGCCACAGCCGGCUUUGCAGAUCUUGAUGUGAAUCAAGCCGUUCUAUCCACAGCCUCACUCAUAAAUCCCCACGUCUAUGGAGUUGCCUAUAAAUAGACUCACAUUUAGCACUACUUUCUAUCAUGAAAAAGCAAGUGAUCUUGUUGUAAGUUGUUAUUCUAUGGCUUACCAUGAUGCAAGGGAAUAGAUUCGAAACGCUUGUGUCGAUAUCUAACCCCAUUGUCGCUAUCUGAGAGAUGAUAGAAGGGAACAUGGGAAGAAGGAUAAUGGAGUGGUUGAAUUGACAGCUUUCGAAAUUCAAAUGUAUGUUUUUUAGCUUCUUGUCCUAGUUUUUUCCCAUGUUUCUGCUGCCAUUUUUGGGGCAGUCGUGAGAUUUCUUGUGUAUUUGUCAGCUUGUUUGUUUUGGGAUUUUGGAGAAUCCCUUUUGUAGUGAUGUUGGUAAGUAGAAUGUUCAUAGCCUGUCAGCUCCAACAUUUUAACCUGCUGAUUAAUGAUUGGAGAUAUACCAGCUAAUGGUGUGGACCAUUAUCAAAUUUAAUUUUUCAUUAUUGAGGAA